GCCACUGCAUUCGAUAUUAUCUAGUGACGGCAAAAUGACCUGCCUUUUGUUAGCGAGUGCCUUUUUAGUGUUUCUUAUAUUGUUUUUGAGGAAAAAAGACCCUGAACCAAUCUUUGGCAUUUACUCAGUGCCGGGAAAGUGGUACUAUUUGAAAUAUGUUGUGUUCGCGUGCCUUUAUUAUUACAGGAAGUACUCUAGUAAAAACCAUGCAGCAGGCAAGGACGGGCGAGCGGGGCAGGGCGUUAAAGCUAUAGCCAACCCUGCUGAUAUGGACAAGGCUCAGCCUCUCAGCUUUCAUGCUAAGGCAUUCGACGCAGUGUUCUUCAUAUCAGCGAAGAAGGAGAGUGAUAAGGAUAAAGGCGUGUACGUGAUAUCGGGCUGCGAACGGCGACCUAUGGGGAUGUGUAACGGCCUGUUCUAUAUAGGGUUGCCCGGCAAAGGUUUGCUAUGCAGUAAGAAGAUUCCAGACACGGUUCUGUUCGGAGCUCCGAUUGGGGAAUUCGGAGCUGAGGGCAUCAAGAUGACGCCCGUCGAACCUAUGAAGAAGUGGAUCAUCUCUUACAGAGGACAGAUGUGGUACCAAGAGAACCCCAGCAAAGUGGUGGAUGUGGAGUUCAACGGCGAAUGGAACGCGACAAGCAAGUACUUCGACUACGACUGCGACCUGCACCCGCCAGCUGUCAUCCGCUCCAUCGCCAGGGAGAAGUGGAGUCGCCAGUACUUCGACGGACUCAAAACAGCUCACCAAUCUCACUAUGAGCAGUUUGGAGCAAUGAAGUGCAAAUUCAAGAUUGGCAACGAAUCCUAUGAGUACACUCUGCCUUCCUUCAGAGAUCAUAGCUUUGGUCAAACCCGGGACUGGAGUCUGAUGCACCGUUACGCGUUUCAUCACAUCUUCCUGGAAGACGGCACCAACAUCAGUGUUGGUGUUAUUUGCCAACCUUCCACAGCCACCAGUAUGGAAGCUGGAGCGGUUGGUCUACCCAACGGCGACGUAUUGGCGGUGAAGUGGGUGGAUCUCAAGCUGUACCAGCACGGGGAGGGAGGCAGUGCCCCCAGAGACUAUGCCUUUAGGAUGCAGGCGGGGGAUGUGGUGUACACUGUUCAGGUGCUGGUAGAAUACGAGUCAGUCCAUUACGUGUCACAGGAGUGGGAAGCGCGAAUGGUGGAAAGGUUCUGCUCGUACAACGUGAACGGAGUGAGAGGGCGUGGAGUCUCGGAGUUCCACUAUCGGCACAAGGAUGGCAGACCGGAGAGUGUCGCCCAGAACGACCCGGAAUGGUUCCGUACCAUGUGCCACAAGACUAGGGGCGCGGAAAUCUAAGGAAUCCUGUUAUUUACCUGCUUUUAUUUAAUUUGUCCUUUAAAUAGAUUUCGGAAACUAAAUUAGAACUAUCUUUUAACGACUGGAUUCGGUGAACUUGCAUAUCUUCCGUGAUAAUGCAAAAACAUGGUAUCGUGAAGCUAGUCUAUACUGGAGUCAGAAGAUGAAGGUCAAGAACUUAAAUUAAACAACAGAAGCCCAUAGUAUUGGCCUCAUUUGUCUUGCUAACACAUGGAGUAAACGGGCGCUGAGUUUUGGAGUUCCAUAUUAGGCACAAGGAUGGUAGAUCGGAGAAUGUCGCCCAGAAUAACCCAGAUUGGUGCCGUACGAUGUACCACAAGACUAACAUGUACGUUGGGCACGGAAAUCUAUGGACUUCUUUGAAUUUACUAGCUUCUAUUUAACUUACUGUUAAUAAAUUUUUAGAGGCUACAUUAGAAGUGCUUCAUGACGAUAUGACUCAAUUUUGAUAGAAUUGCGUUAUACCGGUGACAAUGCAACAACAUGGAACUAAAGAGCAUCUUAUUUUAUUUAUUUAUAUAUACUUUAUUGCACAAAAAAAAACAAUAACAACGUGCAAUGGUGGUCUUAUUGCGUAUAGCAACAUCUGCCAGAAUACUUUUCGAUAAAGGAAUUAAUGUACCUAUAUCUGCCAGACAACCUUUGGUUACAGGAAUUAAUGUAAUAAAAUGCUGGAUAGUACAAAAAAUACAACAUCUUAUGAUGGUAUCGCCAUAGGAACACUUAAAUUAAACAAGAUAUGAACUAGACCUAUAUGAGCUAGUUUGUCUUGCUCUUACAAUUUGAACAUAUGAGCUGACGUGGUCUCUCAGAGCUCCCACUGAGUUAGCCCUGCGAAAUGUUGUUUUAUAGGCGAUCGCCUUAACUUUAUGUGGACAAUUUGAAUGUUCCAUUAACCAAUAAACGCUAUAAGACUACUUAGAUGUAAGUUUGGAAUUAAUACCAAGAGAUAUACGGCAAUACGGUAAUUAGGAACAGAAUAAAAUUUAAAUAUUUGGAAAUCAAUAUAUCAUAGCAAUAAAUACCUUCUUUCGAGCACAAUUGAUGUAAGAAAAAUGUGGAAUGAAAUGAAUGAAAUAUACUUUAUUGUACACCAAAAAUAAUAAUAACAGACAAGAAAUUAACUUAAAAACUAAUGUACAAUUGGCGGCCUUAUCGCUAAUGAGCGAUCUCUUCCAGACAACCAAUCGAAAAAGAGAAAAUAAAUACAAGGAAUAAUGCAUAAAGACGGACCAUUUGUGGACCAUUCAAGACAUAAGUUACCAUUGUGGUUAUACAGUUUAACAAAUGUAAAUUUGAGCAAAUAUUUCAUGCUUAGGUACUGCUGAUGGUUUUUGUAGUAGGAAGUGUAUGGAGAAAACAGGGUAAAACUGUUUUUUUUUUUUAAGUAAUAUUAAAAAGUUAAAAUUGCAAAAUUGUUAUAGAUUUAGAACUCACAUCCCAUAUGAUAUAUGUAAUAAAUAAUCUUGUAUUUUUUAAAUCAGUACAUUUCAGAUCAGUAAUUAAUAAGCAAUUGAUUGUUUUUUAUAAUUUUGUAUAUUAAAGAUUUAAUGUUUUAUA